UAAGAGGCAAGAGUCACACUCUUUUUGAGUUAAAUCACGUGCUUAAUUAAAAGUGAAGGUGGCGGCGGCCGCGCGCCCUCCCCCUCCGGGCUGCUGGCUUCUUCCCGACGGUGUUCUGGCCACGUCCUGCGCCUUCUCGCGCACGGGAGAGCGCUCUGGGUAGAGGCCGGGCCCCGGCAGCAGGUGGCCCCAGGUAGCUCAGUGGCAUGGCCGUCUCCUUCUCGCCCGGUCCGGAGCGGAGGGGAGCGGCUCAGGUGACGGCUCGGGGGAGGCCCGGGCACCUCGGGGAUCCAGAGCCCGCUGGCGCCGCGCCCGGGAGGGCACCCCCGGCGAGGACGAAGCCGCGCCUCCUCCCGGAACUGGCCGGCGCCGCGAGGCGGGAGGAGCAGCGGGAGCCGGGCAGCCGCGCGCCGGGGACCAUGGACGUCCUUCCCACCGGCGGGGGCCGCCCGGGGCUCCGGACGGAGCUGGAAUUCCGCGGCGGCGGUGGCGAGGCGAGGCUGGAGAGUCAGGAGGAAGAAGCGAUUCCUGCAGCUCCCCCAGCCCCGCGUCUCCGGGGAGCGGCGGAGCGGCCGCGGGGCUCCCGGGACUCGUGGGACGGCGACGAGGACAUGGAGCCCGGCGAGGCGUGCGGCCGCCGCACAAGCCGCACGGCGUCCCUGGUGAGCGGGCUGCUCAACGAGCUGUACAGCUGCACAGAGGAGGAGGAGGCGGCGGGCGGUGGCCGCGGGGCCGAGGGCCGCCGGCGGCGCCGCGACAGCCUCGACAGCUCCACCGAGGCCUCGGGCUCCGACGUGGUCCUGGGCGGCCGCAACGGUGCCAGCGACUCCCGCGUGCUACAGGAGCUGCAGGAGCGACCAAGCCAGCGGCAUCAGAUGCUGUACCUGCGGCAGAAAGACACUAAUGAACUGAAGACGAUCCUUCGAGAGCUAAAGUACAGAAUUGGCAUCCAGUCGGCCAAGUUACUUCGGCAUCUGAAGCAGAAAGAUAGGCUUCUGCAUAAAGUGCAGAGGAACUGUGAUAUUGUGACUGCCUGCUUGCAGGCUGUGUCACAGAAGAGAAGAGUUGAUACCAAGUUGAAAUUCACUCUUGAGCCAUCUUUAGGUCAAAAUGGUUUUCAGCAGUGGUACGAUGCUCUCAAGGCAGUUGCCAGGCUAUCCACAGGAAUACCAAAGGAAUGGAGGAGAAAGGUUUGGUUGACCUUGGCAGAUCAUUAUUUGCACAGUAUAGCCAUUGACUGGGACAAAACCAUGCGCUUCACUUUCAAUGAAAGGAGUAAUCCUGAUGAUGACUCCAUGGGAAUUCAGAUAGUCAAGGACCUUCACCGCACAGGCUGUAGUUCUUACUGUGGCCAGGAGGCUGAGCAGGACAGGGUUGUGUUGAAGCGGGUGCUACUGGCCUAUGCCCGAUGGAACAAAACUGUUGGGUACUGUCAAGGCUUUAACAUCCUGGCUGCACUAAUUCUGGAAGUGAUGGAAGGCAAUGAAGGGGAUGCCCUGAAAAUUAUGAUUUACCUUAUUGAUAAGGUACUUCCCGAAAGCUAUUUUGUCAAUAAUCUCCGGGCAUUGUCUGUGGAUAUGGCUGUCUUCAGAGACCUUUUAAGAAUGAAGCUGCCGGAAUUAUCUCAGCACCUGGAUACUCUUCAGAGAACUGCAAACAAAGAAAGUGGAGGUGGAUAUGAGCCCCCACUUACAAAUGUCUUCACGAUGCAGUGGUUUCUGACUCUCUUUGCCACAUGCCUCCCUAAUCAGACCGUUUUAAAGAUAUGGGAUUCAGUCUUCUUUGAAGGUUCAGAAAUCAUCCUAAGGGUGUCGCUGGCUAUCUGGGCAAAAUUAGGAGAGCAGAUAGAAUGUUGUGAAACAGCAGAUGAAUUCUAUAGCACCAUGGGGCGCCUUACCCAGGAGAUGCUAGAGAAUGAUCUUCUGCAAAGCCAUGAACUCAUGCAGACUGUUUAUUCCAUGGCUCCGUUCCCUUUCCCACAAUUGGCAGAGUUGAGGGAAAAAUACACCUACAACAUUACACCGUUCCCAGCCACAGUUAAACCCACCUCACUUUCUGGACGACAUAGUAAGGCCGGAGACAGUGAUGAAGAGAAUGACCCAGACGAUGAGGAUGCUGUCGUUAAUGCAGUGGGGUGUCUUGGACCUUUUAGUGGGUUCCUGGCUCCUGAACUGCAGAAGUACCAAAAACAAAUUAAAGAGCCAAAUGAGGAACAGAGUCUGAGAUCUAAUAACAUUGCAGAGCUGAGUCCAGGAGCAAUCAAUUCCUGUCGAAGUGAAUACCAUGCAGCUUUUAACAGUAUGAUGAUGGAACGCAUGACCACAGAUAUCAAUGCACUGAAGCAGCAGUACUCUCGAAUUAAAAAGAAGCAACAGCAGCAGGUUCAUCAGGUGUACAUCAGGGCAGACAAAGGGCCAGUGACCAGCAUUCUUCCGUCUCAGGUAAACAGUUCUCCAGUUAUAAACCACCUUCUUUUAGGAAAGAAGAUGAAAAUGACUAACAGAGCUGCCAAGAAUGCUGUCAUCCACAUCCCUGGUCACACAGGAGGGAAAAUAUCUCCUGUCCCCUAUGAAGACCUUAAGACGAAGCUCAACUCCCCGUGGCGAACUCACAUCCGAGUCCACAAAAAGAACAUGCCAAGGACCAAGAGUCAUCCAGGCUGUGGGGACACCAUAGGGCUGAUAGAUGAACAGAACGAGGCCAGCAAGACCAACGGGCUGGGGGCAGCAGAGGCGUUCCCCUCUGGUUGUACAGCGACAGCUGGGAGAGAAGGCAGCAGCCCUGAAGGCAGCACCGGGAGGACGAUCGAGGGGCAGUCUCCGGAGCCGGUGUUCGGAGAUGCUAAUGUGGAUGUGUCUGCGGUUCAGGUGAAGUUGGGAGCCCUGGAACUGAACCAGAGGGAUGCUGCAGCUGAAACGGAGCCCAGGGUGCACCCACCCUGCCAGCGGCACUGCCCAGAGCCGCCGAGUGCACCUGAAGAAAACAAAGCCACCAGCAAACCUCCCCAAGGCAGCAACUCAAAAACCCCCAUCUUUAGCCCUUUUCCCAGCGUCAAGCCCCUGCGGAAAUCUGCUACUGCCAGGAACUUGGGAUUAUAUGGCCCUACAGAAAGAACCCCAACCGUGCACUUUCCUCAAAUGAGUAGGAGCUUCAGCAAACCCGGUGGUGGAAACAGUGGCACUAAAAAACGAUGAUGUCUCCCCAAAACUUUGUAUCUGGACUCACCUUUUCACAGUAGUAUAAGGGUUGCAGCUGAAUGGCUCUAAAAGAGUUUUAUUUGUCCAGUGAAAAUGAAUAGGUUCAGGGAUGAGCAACAGCCCAUAAAAAAUGGGAACUGGAAGUUUUAUAAUAGGAGUUAGAACAGGGCUGUUUUCCCAGCUACUUCCUAACUGACACAGUGGAUUCUUGUGGCAAAAUAAAUAUUGUGGUUUUAUAGUGUGAAGUUUUCCCAAUUUUUCAUUGUGAGCUGUUUAAAAAAGACUGUAUGUCUAGAUUGUUAACUCUCAUCCAUCCUUCUGUUCUGGGGGCCUUCAGAGUUCCUGUGACAGCACCCCCAAACCUUCCAGUUCUCUGGGUGUUACUAAUACUCAAGCAUGCACAUACCAACUUGCUAGGACAGAAACUGUAAAAAGAAAGUUUCUUCAUUACAAAAAACUUCCUGAUUUUCCUUUUCAUGCUUUACAGAGGGGAUUGUGUUGUGUGAGAUUUCCCACAGUACCAGUCUCAAAUUUUUUUUUAUUCUUAUGCUAAAUCAUAGGAGAAAAAUCUAGAUAGCCUUUCUUUAACUGUCUAUUUCUACCUGCAAAAUGAAGACAACCUUUCAUCUGUUGAAAUUUCGGUCGAUAACCCAGCUGAAGAUCUCAUGCACAGGACACACUUGGCAUAUGCUUUAAGCAGUUGCUCUGGACAGCUUGCUCGUGCCACUGAGCUUUUCCUGAGGUUUGUGUUCGCCUCUCGAGGAGAGCUUUGAUCCUCAGCGGUACAGAUGACUUGAUGGGCUCCACACGGAGCCUGGCCUGCAUCCCUCACCACACAGCUCACUCACCCACCAGCUCUCAACUGCAGACGCACAAGGCCUCUGCUCAGAAGCCAGAACACAGCACCUGUGACUCUGUUACUUGAAUUUUGUGCUUUUUGAUUGGAGUCCUUUGUUGAGUACUUUGUUAAUUGAACACUGCCUUUCUCUGGAGAAGGCCCCAGUGCUUUCUAGCUCCCUCUCACUCCUGCCCUUUCUAGCUCUCUCUCACCCAGCGGGUCAGGGAUAGCACCUCUUGUCUCCACUAUGCAGAUGGGAACUCUGAGCCACACAGAGGUGAAGUAGCACUUCAGUUACUCAAGGUCAGUACUCCCGGUAUUCCAAGUGACUUAGCCACAUUUCCCUCAGUGCAAUAGGCGGGUUUAAUGCUCUUUGUACACAGAUGUAUUGGCUACAUAGCUUGUAAAAACCAAGACUGGGAAGCCAGUCACUAAAAUCCUUCUUGACUCAAAGGACCUGUCUCCAGAUGGUACAGAGUCCCUUGAUGGCAUUUUACAAAACCAGCUCUGACUUCCUUAUCCUGAACAGGGAGUUUAUUUUAAAAAUGCUUCAUGCACCUGUUAUUUGGCUGAACAAAAGGCUCACUCCUCAAUCCCCUUCUCCCCGCCAUCUUUAGAGGAAUAGACUCAGCCUUCAUGUUCGUCUCUGGAAGACUAUUGGCGAUACUUGCAGGAAUAUUGUUGAUGCAGCCAAUAUUAAUUUGAGCUAAUGGAUUGUUAAUUCUGAAACGAAAACUAUAAUUGUAGAGCAGGCUUUUACUAUGAGAGGUACUAAUUUUUAUAAUAGAGAAUGUGGUUGUGUGAGCUUUUUUUGAACAGAAAACACAGCAACGACCUAUACCGUGAGAAAAGCUAUUUUAUCUUCUUCAUGGUAUUUUUACCCCCAAAGGAACUGAAGAUGGAAAAUAUGACUAAUAAGUUAUUGCAGUUUUGGUCUUGAAUUCUGUGCCAUCUGAAGUUAGCAUCCAGCUUCUUAAAAAGCAGCCACGCCUACAGCCUGUUUUUUGGGAAGGGUGUAGGUGGAGAGAUGGGCUUAUUUUGCAUACCACCCUCAGGGCCCAGAGACCCGCUGCAUUUUCCAAAGUUAAGCAAAUGACACCAUUUUCUUCCAUCAGCUAAACUUUACAGAUAAGAAUGAUUCCACCUCAUAUCCUUUUCUUUGCCCCUUCUCAAAUGAGUCAGAAUAGUCAUGUUGCCCUUGAGGGAUGUCUGACUUGAAUGGAGAAUUGUUCUUUCCUCUGUUGAAUCAGCUCACUAGCUCCCUGAUGGUCUGGGUUCAAGGAGAUGGUUAAUGAGGUAGAGGCCACUUAUACAAGUCCUUGGGAUUGUACCAUUGCUAUCCACAAACUUACUAUCAACAACACAUGCUGUGCCCUGUGAACACUCUCCUCUCACCUAUUUCCAGGGUUGGUCUUCCUGAGAAGGGGUGGAUGAGGUAACACAGUUUGGGAUAUGUAUCUGUUGAAUGAAUGAAUAAGUGAAAGGAUAAUAGUCCUCUGAGGUAAAAAUGGCCUUGUGAGAAUUUUGAAAAUCCAACAGAUUCCUAUUAAAGCACUCUGUGUACCAAUAACAUGCAUGCAUUGUACCAAGUAAUCACAAUGUGAAUUGGUCAAUUUAUGAGCCUUGCCUACUUUAGAAAAUAAAGAAACCUGCAGUAGCCUCUACCACACAGCAUGUACAAAGACCAGUAUGGACUUGCUAUCUUCCCUAUGUAUUGCACACUGUAUGCAAACACCAGAAGUACUUAACAAGUAGUGGUUUCUUGAUUUUUAGAUAUGUCUGUAGCCUCUUAGCACUUUUGCCGGGAAUCAACUCAUUCUGAUGCCUCUGCACCUCAGUUCCUCUUACAAAAGCCUCCAGAUGAUCUAAAUCUAGUUAGCAAUGUCAGCCUAUGGACUGCAGCUGUUUGGGACAUUGUAUUCCUUUGUUUGUCUCUUGUUGUUCUGAAGGAUUGUAUUGAUCACAAAGCUAUAUGCAUAAAGAUUCUCAUUGUUGUAACUGUUGUGCCAUUUUCUGAGUGCAUGCAUGGAACACUGUUGUGACAGUCCCUUCUCCCUUCUUCCUUCACCCCCAACCCCAGACCCCACUUGGUCACAUGAACCAGGGAAACAGCCCAAUAAGCUCCAUCCCCCUCAGUCUAAUCGCUGGGUUGCAGGGUGGCCUGUGACCUGCCCAGCAUUUGCAGAAUCGCUGGUUCCUGAAUAUGAGUAAGCACAGAGUUUACCUAAGAGAGUUUACCUAAAAUUAACCUUUAGAUCUACUAUUUAUUUUUGUCUUAAUAAAAUGAACAAUAAAUAUAGUUUAGCUGCAUGGCAUUAAGGAUUCUGUAUGAAUAGAUGUAUAGUUGCUGCCAUCUCCCCAUAUAAACUCUCUCUUUAUGUCGUUUCUGAGCCACUUUCUUUGCUGCCUAUAGCAUUUAAAAUAUAUUAUUUUUCCUAAUUAGAAAAGUCAUAGGUUUUAGAAAAUUGGGAAAACAAAAAGAGCAUAAGGAAUCAUCAAUACUCUGAUAUAGAUAUAGAUCUUUCCAGUACGUUUGUGUAUUUGUGUACACGCCAUUAUCUACAAAAAAGUUAUGUUGAACAUGGUAGUUUAAGCUUGCUUUCUGGCAAAUGCUCUUAUACAAUACGAUUUUUAGUGACUAAUAUUCCAUAAUGUGUUCAUGCCAGAAUUCACAUAACCAGUACCUUGUCAAAUAGGAGGUUUCUGACUAGAUAGCAGUAGAGACAGUAUCCUGUUACAUGUGUGUACAUAGCCCAAAUUAUUUUCUUAGGAUAUGUGUAUAGAAGUGGAGUUGAAGGGUCAGGAAAUAUGUCCAUUUUUAAGAUACAUGUAUCUCCAAAUUGCCAUUCUUAAAGAUUGAAGUUAUACAAGCAGUGAAUGAGAAUGCCUGCUUCUCUACAUCCUGGAAGAGGCAGCAAUCUCUUUCCUUUUUUUUCCUUUCUAUGACUUCUAGUGUUGAAGCGCCAACGGAAGUGUUUUAGAAGCAGUGAUAAUGAACACUCAUAACACCCAUACCUCAUUCCUGACUUUUAAAAGAAGCAUUAAGUAAGAUGUUGAGGUUUCUGGUAGGUGCCUAUUAUUAGGUUAAGAAAAUUCCCUUUUAUUCUUUGCUUGCUAAGAGUUUUUCUCAUCAACAGGUAUUAAAUUUCAUAAAAAGAACUUUAAUUGUAUCUUUUGAGAAGGGAAUGGUACUUGAGACUUGGUAUCCUGAACUCAAAGAAAUAGCCAUUACUAGGUUUUGUCAAAGAAUACCAGAUAUUUUAGAGUUGGAAGUUAUGUAGUAAAAGCUUUAUGUGCAAAAUGUUCAUUGAAGUAUUAAGUGUACUAAUGGAAACCUGAAAACAGUGUAAAUAUCUGGGAGUAGGGGAGAUGUCUGGGUGAAUUAUGAUUCAUCCCGAGGAUGGAAAUGUGAAGGCCAGUGAGUAUUUGGGCCAUUGAAGUGGCAGUUAUCUGUUAUCCACAUCAGGCAGCUCAGAGUAAAGUCAGCAAGUCUACAGUCCUAGAGCCACCAGGAUACAGUGAUGGAUGGGAGGCCUUUGCCGGACGGUGGCUGAAGGCAGAACUGUCGGAGUGGUUCUUCCACAAAGGCAGCCAGUGCUCACCUGAAUGGGGACUGGUACUGCAGGUGUUGGGUCAGCUUUCAUGCCGUUCCCUGCUGGCUAUCUCCCAAUGCUGAAUGUCUGACUCAGUUCAGGCUGCUGUAACAAAGUACCAUAGACUGAGGUGGCUCAAACAACAGACAUUCCUUUCUCACAGUUCUGGAGGGUGAGAAGUCAAAGAUCAAGGUGUCUGCAAAUUUGUUAUCUGGUGAGGAAGGGCCCUCUUCCUGGUUUGCAGAUGGCUACCUUCUUCCUGUGUCCUCACACGAUGGAGAAAGGGAGUAUGUUCUGGUCUCUUCCUCUUCUGAUAAGGGCACUAACCUCAUCAUGAGGGUCCCAUCCUCAUGAUGUCAUCUAAACCUAAUUACCUCCCAAUGGCCCCGCCUUCAAAUACCAUCACGUUGAAGGUUGCUUCCUUCCUGGUGGUUUGCUCUGGUCAGACCAAAUGACCUCCUGAAAAGUGUCACUUGAUCCCAUUCUCUCCAUCCCAGGCAAUCUUUAUCUGGCUACACCAACCUGUGCCCCAGGGGCUUCAAGAGUUGUUGUUGUUGUUGUUUUAACAUCAAAAACCAGAAAGUUGACUUGUUUCUUAGUGUUUACUUUCUUGCUAUAACAGUUCUAGUUUUCCUUUAGGCAAUGCUGAUCACUGGGAAGGAGGUGGAUCAAUUCUCCUAUGGGACCAACAGUUUUCUGGGAAGAAACUUCCUGAUACCUCAACCUAGGAAUCUCCCUAUCCCUGGAGAGUCCAGGAAUCUAUAUUAAAACAUGAAACAAAGCAAAAAAUAAAAAAA